UCCCCAUCACAAUUUUGAAUUCACCAUCUUCCCUCUCUAAAACAACCAAGCUAUACUAUUUCUACCCUUAGGAUUGACCCCAUCAAGUGUUUGUAAAAAUGCCAAACAGAAACCCCACUGUCGUGUACUCACCAUCCUCACCUCGAAGAUCACCGAGGCUCAUUCUCCUCCACAACAACACCAACCCCACCACCCCAAAACCUAAAUCCACCCAAAAAUCUUCUACCCAGUCAAGAACCCCCGCCGCUAGGGUAAGGAAAACACCCGGAUCGAAGGAUGAAGUUCCUCUUAGACGAUCCGCUAGAUUCUCCAAUCAUAAAGCUCACCUGAAUGAGGACGUUCAACUUAGCGAAUUUCGUUCCGGUGAUUCGAAGAAAGUGAAGCAAGGGAAAACGAAUGAAAGUAGUGGCGUUGAGGGAAUUGGGGCUGAAGUUGAUGGAAAAGGGAAGAGAAAGCAUGGUGGUGAUGAAAUAGUGGAAGAGAGUAGGAAGGAACAAGUUGAAAUUGGAGUGAGAGGGAAAAGAAAGCAAGAUGGUGGUGAAGUUGCUGAAGGGUGGACUAAGGAGCAAGAAUUGGCACUGCGAACAGCUUACUUUACUGCAAAACCUAGUCCCAAUUUCUGGAAGAAAGUAUCCAAACUGGUACCUGGGAAGUCUAAACAAGAUUGUUUCGAUAGAGUUCACCGUGACUUCCAAACACCACUUCCAUGUCAGCCUAGAUCACGGGCGAAGACAAUUAACUCUUCUUCUCCUCUUCAUCAAUUCUCAAUAUCUGCAAGUAAACUUCUCAAACCUACUGAAAAGAAGGUUUCUAAAUCAAAUGUUCUCAAACCAAAAAGCAUUGUUAACCAGAAGUCUAUUGAGAAUAUGUUACAGCGCCAUCUUAAAGUGGAUCAAGUCCAUAAAGGAGACAUAUUUUCUGCUCUUGAACCCAACAUUGAUUUUUCUACUAAUGAUUUUCAGCUUAGUCAAGCACUUUGUACUCCAAAGCAGCAAAAGGAAAAUCAAGGGUUUCUUCAAAAUCUUUUAUCAUCACCAUAUGUGUCUUUUAUCAUCUAA